AUGGCUGAUUAUAGUAGUAAUGAAGAGGAAACUCCAAAGGAAGAAAAGAAAAUCUCUAAAUUGGAAGAUAUGCAAAGCCCAUUUGAUUAUAAAAGAUUUUUUCGUAAGUACACAAUCUUUGCUCCCUUUAUUCUUGUGUACUUUACCUUAAUGUUUUUUGUUAAUUCGACUGUGCAAAAUGGUACAAUGUUAUUAAAUUCUAUAAAGGAGAAUGCCAACUCGAAACUUCCUGCUUUAUUAUGGAAUAAAAUAAUAGGGAAGGGAAAUGAUAAUGAAGUAAAUUUUGAAGAUAAGAAAAUGAUAGAAGGUAACAAAUCUGGUAAUGGAGAAGAGCACAAUAAACAUAAAAGAAGACAAGUAGACAAUCAAGAAGAUGAUUAUGAUGUUGAUGAAUAUGGAAAUCCAAAAUCGGGUGCUCCAUACAAGAGCGAAGAAGAACAUGCAGAACAACAAAAUUAUUAUGGAGAACAUCACGGAGAUUAUGAAGACAAAAACGAAUAUCAUGGAAAAUCCAAUAUAGAAAAUAAUAAAGAUUUUCCAGAACAGGGACAAAAAGACGAAGAAAAAGAAAAAGAAGCAAAAAAAAAAGCGGAAGAAUUUGAAAAAAGAAAACAACUACAUGAAGAAGAAAAAAGAAAAGCUAGAGAAACACAACAAGCCUUACAUAAAAAAUUACAAGAACAAUUACAACGAUUAAAAGAACAAGAAAAAAAGAAAGUGGAACACCAAAAGUUAAUACAUAAAAUUAAAACACAAGGUGAUGUAGAUCCAGCAGUGCAAAAAGUACUUAACAAGUAUAAUCAAAAAGAAAAAGAUGAAGAACAACAGAUACUUAAAAUAAGAGACUUACAAGUACAAUUACGUCAUAUCCAACAAAGAAUUCAAAGUCUAAAAUCUACUAAUAAUGGCCAACCAAAAACAAAAGAUGAAUAUUUACAAUUAAAAGAUCUACAAAAAGAAUAUUAUGAUAAAGAACAAGAUGAACAAAAUAUGAUAGAACACUUAGAACACUUACAAGGAGAAAUGCAAUACUUAUAUGAAGAAUUACAAAUUGUAUAUGAUGAAAACCAAGCAAAAACGGCGCAAGCAAAAGAUGAACAACAUGAAUUGAAACCACAAGCUGAAAAAGAUGCAUCAAAACUAACAACAACAUAUGAUCAAACAAAAGAAGUAAAACCACAAGCUGAAAAAGAUGCAUCAAAACUAACAACAACAUAUGAUCAAACAAAAGAAGUAAAACCACAAGCUGAAAAAGAUGCAUCAAAACUAACAACAACAUAUGAUCAAACAAAAGAAGUAAAACCACAAGCUGAAAAAGACGCAUUAGCAAAAACAGAAAAUCAAAAUGGAGAAUUAUUGCCUCAAGCUGAAAAAGAUGCAUCAAAACUAACAACAACAUAUGAUCAAACAAAAGAAGUAAAACCACAAGCUGAAAAAGACGCAUUAGCAAAAACAGAAAAUCAAAAUGGAGAAUUAUUGCCUCAAGCUGAAAAAGAUGCAUCAAAACUAACAACAACAUAUGAUCAAACAAAGGAAGUAAAACCACAAGCUGAAAAAGACGCAUUAGCAAAAACAGAAAAUCAAAAUGGAGAAUUAUUGCCUCAAGCUGAAAAAGAUGCAUCAAAACUAACAACAACAUAUGAUCAAACAAAGGAAGUAAAACCACAAGCUGAAAAAGACGCAUUAGCAAAAACAGAAAAUCAAAGUGGAGAAUUACUUACUCAAGCUGAAAAAGAUGCAUUAGCAAAAAAAGAAUCUGAAGCUCCAAAAGGUUCAUCAACAUCAGAUAAAAACACAACGGAAAACCAAUUAAAUGCAGAAGCACAAUCAGAAGUAAAACCACAAUGGCAAAAAGACUAUUGGAAAUCAAAAAAUGAGUCACAAACAGAAACAAAUAAUACAUGGAAAAAAGAUUCAUGGAAAAAAAAAACAGAAGAACAACAAAAUGCAGAAGCUCAACAAGAAGUAAAAUCACCAUAUGAAAAAUAUUCAUAUAAUAAAGAAACUAAACCACAAAAUGAUAAAUACACAUUAAACAAAGAAGUAAAACCACAAAAUGAAAAAUACACAUACAAUCAAAAAGUAAAAGCUGAAAAUACUGAAUCAGAAAAAUCAUUACUAGAAAGUUCUGUAUUUAAUUAA